AUGAUCUUGCCAAAUAUGAGUUAAUAAUAAAUUAAAAUGAAGCAAAUAGAGAAAUUGUAAAAGCAAGGAUCAAUUAUAAAAAAAAUAAAAUAAAUUCUUUUAGCAUAUAAUUUUUAAUCAACUCGAUUGAAUGUUUGCAAGAGUUUAUAUAAUGAAUCGUUGGUAAAAAAUUAAUCAAGUGAUAGAUAUUUAUUUAAAUGAGAAAAAAAUAAAGUGAAAGAUAAAGUUGGUUUUAAAAAUAUUCUGUUUUGAAAAAUUAAAGGAUUCCAUCACAAAAAAUAAAUUUAUCAAUCAAUAAGAGCAGUAAAAUCCAAUCAUUAAUAAAAUUUGUACAUUUUCUUGUAAUUUUAAAUAGAAAUGUCGUAAGAUUAUUAAUAACAACUUGAUGAGGCUGAAUAUUAUUCUGCAAAUGGUAAUAUUUAAUAGCAAAUUAAAGCUGCUAUAUUAUUUCAUUAGAGUCGAUUUGAAGAAGCAUUAAAACUUUAUGAUUAUGCUAUUUAUAGAAAUCCUUUAAAUGCUAAAAAUUUUACAGCGAAAGGUAAUUUUUUUAUUAUUAUCAAGCUUGUAUUCUCUUUCGAUUGAAUCGAAAGGAAGAAGCAUUAUAAUAUUAUGACUAUGCUAUUGAAAGGGAUCCAUAUGAUGGCGAUUUGCUAGGAGCUAAAGGUAAAUUUAAAAUAGUUAAAAGGUGCUACAUUAUUUACUUUGAAUCGAUAUGAAGAAGCAUUAUAAUGUUUGGAUUGUGCUAUAAAUAUGAAUCCUAAUGAUGCUUUAAAUUUUUUCAACAAAGGUAAAAGUUGAAAUAGUUAUUCAAGCUGAGAUACUUCUAAAAAUGAAUCGAAAAAAGGAAGCAUUAUAAAAUAUUGAUUAUGCUAUUAAUAUACAACCUAAUAAUGAUGAGCAUUUUGCAUUUAAAGGUAAAUUACAAAUUCUUAUAAAAGCUUCUGCAUUAAUGUAAAUAAAUCGAAAUGAAGAAGCAUUAUAAAAUUAUGAUUAUGCUAUUAAAAGAUCUCCUUAUAAUGCGAAUUAUUAUGCAGCCAAAGGUAAAUUAAAUAUAGUUUUUAAAGGUGCCAUAUUGUUUAAAUUGAACCGAAAUGAAGAAGCAUUAUAACAUUAUAAUCAUGCUAUUGAUAUUAAUCCUUAUGAUACUAAUUAUUCUACAGCUAAAUGUAAAUUUGAAAACCUUAUUAAAGCUGCUAUAUUAAUUAUAAUGAAUCAAAGUUAGGAAGCAUUAUAAUUAAUUGAUAAUGCUAUUAGUAGAGAUCCUUAUAAUGCUAAUUAUUAUGCAGCUAAAGGUAAAUUAGAUAUAGUUUUUCAAGGGACCGUACUCUUUAAAUUGAAUCGAAAUGAAGAAGCAUUACAAUAUUUUAAUUAUGCUAUUAAUCUGGAUCCUGACUGUGUUAAUUUUUAUACAGCUAAAGGUAAAUUAUUUAUAGUUUUUAAAGGUUCAACAUUAUUAAAAUUGAAUCGUAAUGAAGAAGCAUUAUAGUAUUUUGAUUAUGCUAUUAAUAAAACUCCUGAUGAUGCUAGAUGUUAUGAAUUAAAAGGUAAAUGUUGAAUUUUUAAAUUCAAGCAAAAACACUUGCUUUAAUGAAUAGAAAUGAAGAUGCAAUAUAACAUUAUGACUAUGCCAUUACUCUCAAUCCCGAUUGCGCUGAUUAUUAUGCAAAAAAAGGUAAAUUUAAAUUAGUUUAUUUAGCUGAUGCACUUAAAAGGAUGAAUCGAAAUGAAGAAGCAUUAUAAUUUUUUGGUGAAGCUAGCAAUAAAAAUCCGGAUUGUGGUGAUUAUUAUGCGAAUAUAGGUAUAUUUUGAACUAAUUAAUUUAGCUGAUACACUUAAAAAAAUGAAUCGAUAUGAAUUAGCAUUAGAGUAUUAUGAUUAUGCCAUUGCUCGCAAUCCUGAUUGUGCUAAUUAUUAUGCAAACAAAGGUAAAUUUAAAUUAAUAAAUUUAGCUGAUACACUAAAAAAAUUGAAUCGAAAUGAAGAAGCAUUAUAAUAUUUUGAUUAUGCUAUUAAUAAGGAUCCUAAUUUUGCCAAUUAUUUUGCAAACAAAGGUAAAUUUUCCAAAUAUUUAAUCAAGGCGAUGUGCUUAGAAAAAUGAAUAGAAACGAAUAAGCAUUAGACUAUUAUGACUCUGCCAUUUAUAUAAAUCCUGAUGAGCCUCAUUAUUACGCAGUAAAAGGUAACUUUAAAUUAGUAAUUAAAGCUAUGACAUUACUUUAAAUGAAUCGAAAUGAGGAGGCAUUAUCAUAUUAUGAUUACGCUAUUAAUAAAAAUCCUGAAGAUGCUAGAUAUUAUGAAUACAAAGGUAAAAUUUGAAUUUAUUAUUUAAGCUGAUGUACUUAGAAAAAUGAAUAGAAAUGAAGAAGCAUUAGAAUAUAUUGAUUAUGCCAUUAAUAGAAAUUCUGAUUAUGCAAAUUAUUAUGCAUUUAAAGGUAAAUUUAAAUUAUUUAAUCUAGCUGAUACGCUUAAAAAAAUAAGUCGAAAUGAGGAAGCAUUACAAUUUUUUGAUUAGGCAAUUGAUAGAAAUCCAAAUUUUGGUGAUUAUUAUUUAAAUAAAGGUAUCCUUUUGAUUAAAACUUAAGCCGAUGCACUUAGAAAAAUGAAUAGAAAUGAAGAAGCAUUACAAUAUAUUGAUUAUGCUAUUAAUAACAACCCUGAAGUAGCCAUAUAUUAUUAAUAAAGAGGUAAAUUUAAAAUAUCUAUUUAGCUGCUACACUUCUUCAAAUGAAUCGAAAUGAAGAGGCAUUAUAUUAUAUUGAUUAUGCUAUUAAUAAAAAUCCUGAGGAUCCCAUAUUUUAUGAAUAAAAAGGUAAAUUUAAAUUAAAACUUAAGCUGAUACACUUAUAAAAAUGAAUAGAAAUGAAGAAGCAUUAUAAUAUAUUGGUUAUGCUAUUAAUCAAAAUCCUGAUAAAGCUUAAUAUUAUCUAUAAAAAGGUACCUUUAAAAAAAAAUAAUAAAAAGCACUUUAAUAUUAUGAUUCUGCAAUCAAGAGAAAUUCUAAUGAAACUUUGCUUCAAUCAAAUAAAGGUAAAUUUUGAACAAUUAUUUUAAGCUGAUAUGAUAUAAAAAUUGAAUUAAAGUGUGGAAGCACUAUAUUAAUUAAUUUAAAACAUUCCUAAUAUUAAUGACUAGAUCAAUAAAUUUUUUAUAGUAACAAAAAUUAUUUGAAUAGGCUUCAUAUCUUGAGGACCAAAACAAUCAUGAUUGA